AUGCGUUUCACCGUCGCUGCCGCUCUCCUCGCCUCGGCCGGCUUCGCUGCCGCCCAGAGCUCCACCUCGUCGGCCGCCAGCUCGACGUCGACCUCGGACUGCGCUGCCGCCAACAUCGUCGACGCCUGCGUCUCCGGCUACCAGCCCCGUACUGAGGCCUGCGGCGGCAACGACUGGGAGUGCCUGUGUGCCGCCUACACUGAUCUCGCGACCUGCUACAACAACUGCCCCAACGACCCCCGCAAGUCGUCCGUCCAGAACCAGGUGACCCAGUUCUGCAACGCUGCCAAGGCCAACAGCUCCACCUCCAAGUCCUCUUCGGGCACUGCUACCUCGACCGCGACCAGCACCGGCAGCACCUCUGCCACCGGCACCGCCGCCUCGGCCUCGGGCUCCUCGACCUCGAGCAACUACGACUCGCUGUCGGGCGAGACCAGCUCCGCCUCGUCGAGCGCUUCGGCCACCGGCGCCGCCGCUCCCAUCCACGUCCCCGCCGGCGGCGCCCUCGGCCUCGCCCUGGGUCUCGCCGCCAUGCUGUAA